UCAUUCAACAUGAUAUUUAUACAAUAACAUGUCUUGGGGUAAAGCUUGGGGGGAAAGAUGUAAUGCAAAGUUGGCUUAGUAAACGAAGUCCGCUCAUACCUAUUAGUUUUUGUUGCACCGGAAGCAGGCAGUGGGAGGGGUGAUGUUUUUCUCUUUUUAUCUAUUCAUUUUCCUUUUUUUCUGUAAUGCUCCUGCAAGGCGUCAAAAGCUUCUCCGGACCAUAAACUACAGACUCUAGAGCCCAUUCAUGGCCGUGUAUAGUGCUAAAAAUAUACAGUUUCCUUGUCUUGAUCCUGAAUUUGAAGAGAAAUGCCAACAAGAGAUUUUGUCUCCAUCCCCCUGCUUAUCUCUUUCUAUUUUUAUUUAUUUGUUUUACUUUAUUCUUAUUAUUAUGUUUUGUUACCAGAUACUACAGUGUUGUUCUCGUAAAAGUAAUUUUUGGGCAAUCGCAAAAUUUCCGUCUGACCUCCCAAGUAAAACUCCUUUCCACAUUUUAAAUAGUUUGUUCAGUGAAAUGUCCUGGAACUGAUCUGACUCAUAUGCCGAGGCUAUCUACAACGCGAUGACAGUGUAGCGGUUGAGUUUGACAUCUGAAUCUUGUCAGCCAAAUUCUAUAGUUGGAAAGCGCUACCAGGCCACACUUCAGCAAGAGCAAACUCUAUCGUGCUAAUUUAAUAACCCGGCUUGAAUCCUGUUGGAAUCGGCAAAGGAACAUAACAUUUCCUCCGUACAGAGUAUUCGUCCAAACUACAUUCAGGAGGCACCAAUCAUUGUACCUUCUCGUUUUGUUGUUAUCUCUCACAACGCGUUUUCCCAUCACCUCUUCCUAAAGUGUGUAAAAAUUGCAAUCUACGAUACGUUAAACCUUAUGCAUUGCACUGCACCACAUCAAAAAACAAAAUAAGCUAUUUCAUAGCCGAAGACGACCGAGGCAUACUAUUUAUAGCGUGUGUAUCCCUGGGCUCUCAUACCGCCAGAUAUCAUUUUUGACGAUUAAAUACAUGAUUUCUAUAAGUACUUCUUCUGAAGUCUUACCUGUUUGCGCUGAAAUAGAAUCACCUCGUCAUUUUAUCUCUGUUCAAGUUACAACAAACUGCUACGAGGAAAACAAGAAAAUCACGCGUUUGGAAAGUUUCGCCCUCACGCAAUAACUACGGAAAGCGUCAUUAGCUUACGAUAUAUCACUGGAUUGAGUGACUGUGCAACAAAAUGCAAUAAUAUGUUUCUCGACCACGAUUGAGAGCCCCGAGUGAGAGCAAAAGUAAAAUUUUUCGUGUGAAAGAAAGACAACAACGAAAGUCACAAUAUACGCAGCAAAUCUGUAAAUUUACGUUCAGUCAACUGAAAUGUGCUGGCUCAAAUCAUGAAUCAUUUCGAGAAUUAAUUAUUUCUGCUAUGAACACGAAAUGAACUUUAAAAAGUAGCUCAUCAAAUAUUCCAUGAAAACACGCAGUGCUGCGGAAACCUCGUCUGCUCCACGAGGGUGUAUCCCCCCGAACGGCGCGAUCGCCCCAAGCGGGAGCAAUUGUCCCUAAGUGACCUAGUCUAUUGUAUUCGAGCGGAGUUUCCUGACCAGAAAGAGUAUUGCAGGACCGUGCUCCAACCAAGCAAGCAAGCAAGAACUUGCUGACUGGUCGAGAGAACUUAUUCAUUCGGAGGCAAAGCAGUUCAGACUUAAAGGGACAGUCGCAUUCUCCGAGGUCAAUUUCGAAACUAAUGCGAAUUCUAAUUCCUUGCCGAGCACUGAAAUGGGCCCGAAAAUACCAUUUCGAUCCGCGGCGUACUUUUCGCGCAAUCCGAUGAAAAGGAAACCGGAAUCCUUGCGCCCUCGCUCUCUAAAAGUGGGAGCAAACGUCACCCGGAUAAAGCCAAUCAGCGCACGCCCUGGGUAAAUGCGAGCCGCGCGCCUGUUUGGCGAUCGCGAAGCGAAGGUAGCAAACAUGGAGUCUGAAAACGAGAGUGAUUUUCUCUGUCUGGGGGAGAUUCUGAUGAACAUGUAAGCGGUAGCGGCGACGAGUUAAUGCUGGAUGAUGACCCAUACUCUACGGACCCAAUGCCUCUGGAACCCGCCGACCAGGCACGAGAUGUGGCUGCGGCUAACCCGCGGGAUGACAUUUUCAGGUGUCUGUGUGGAGUCUGCGACCCACAGGAGCCCGACGAGCGCCUGUGUUGCCAUUCUGUUGCCAGGGUGGUAGAAAUGUGCAACAGUGCCGCCGUGCAGUGCAUAACACAACACCCAUUACUCAGGGACAUCUGCCUCCGUAGGGAGCUUCUAGUGGUGUACGCGCCUCAAUUCUGCCGCUAUGAUCAACAUUUUAGGCGACUCAAUCCCCAGGACCACAGGUGCAUAAUGGCAAUGGACCAGGACAUCGCGGCAGCAUACGAUAUGUUGACGCCAGAGCAGAAGGAAAUACUGAAGACCUACAACAAUACAGUCUGGCCGCUGUCCUUGGCUAUUCAACUGUCAAUAUUGGGGUUUCUUUACGAAGGCCAGGGACGCACAGUCUUGUGCAUUCACUGCAACGGGAGAUCAAGUGUGCCAAAGACUUCGGGACCGCAAGAUGUUCUGUUAGAGCAUCUGCUGUACAACCCCGUGUGCACAAAACCCAUAGGGGAGAUAGCCAGGCAGCCCACCGACCUGACGGAGAAACAAGCGAUCGAGGAAAACAUCACUUCCGCUCGACAAUUCUAUGAGAAUAAAGGGAUACCCAAAGAAGUCCUGGACAAAGCGGCAGAUAUAGCAAAACGCACGAGCACAGCAGAAUCUGUGAUACGGCAAAUUGUGCACCUUGUUUCCUCUCUACAAAAGACUCCAAGGACAUCGGGGACCAGCACAGCGCUACCUCCUGGGCUAGAAGAGGAGUAUGACGGAACAGCAUCCGAUGGCCUCCGUUGUAAGAUCUGCAACCAGGCUGACGCCGAUGCAAUUCUCAUCCCGUGCAGCCAGGCCGCCUGCUGCCUGAAGUGCUCCGCAAGGCUACUUUUGUGUCCGAUGUGCGGGGUUGCGGUCGAGAGCUACAGACGAAUCACGGCAUAAUAUUUAUUGACACAGUGGCAGUUUCAGGCGAAACAGCUGGCGGAUCUUUUCGUUUUUUUUUUUUUUUGUUAUAUACAGGAUGUCCCAGAAAACGUGUCAUUGAAUUAUAAUAAAAAAAACUACACCACCUAGA